CAACCGUGCUUCGCGCUCCCCAACAAACGCAAAGGAACGGAGAAAACCGGGACCCCGGUGCGGGGAACCGGAACUGGUGAGAAACCCGAAAGCUGGUACCCCUGCGACGUCACCUCUGCGUGACGUUGCUGCACGGCGCUUCCCCCUGACGUCACAGGCAGAAAAUGGCGUCAAGAGCAGAAUCAGGCAAACUUUUUAAAUUAAAAAAAUUUUUUGUUUACUUUGAUUUGCAAGUGUUCGCUAUCAAAAUGUAGCUCACUGUCGGGAUUUUAGGGAUCCGCACCCUCGUGGCUCUGUCCUUUACUGAUGACGCUGUUUCAAGGAUCCCAGUGAGUUGGAUCUCUUUCUAAGCCCCCUCAGCCGUGACGCUUAGGGUCGUCCAUGAUGGGGAGGGAGCAUUGACCAAGAAAACAUUUAGGAUCGGUUUUCAGCCCCUAGUGCCACCAUUUGGAGAAAGAUGAGGGAAUUGAGUUUUUUUCCUUAGUCUUCAAUUUCUGGAAGAUUGAUUUCACUAUAUCAGCCUGAGAUUUUCCCGCUUUCCUUUUGUGACCACACUUUCCGUGGCGAAAGAGUAUAUAGUGAGGCCACUGUAAGGUUUUAUCAUUGGGAACGCUGGCUCUCGCGGAGAUGGUGCCAAUCGGAUACUUUAUAGGACCAUUUUUUAAAGCAUUGCCUUGGUUUGUUACACAAUAUGGGGAAUGUUUUUUAUCGUUCUUAUUGUUCCUGUUCUUAAUUAAAGUACCUUCAUUUUGGAGAUGUUUGUGCCCAGCUCAGGGACCGACCCAGGAGAUGGCGCUACCAUCACCCCUGGGACUCCAGCGUUUGGUGAAUUCUGCCUGAAAUGGGCUGACGGUGGUUCUUCACUCUCCUCUGCCUCUGCAGCAGUGGGGCCUAAGUGCUGGCUUGGGUCGUGACUGUACUAUGGCACGAUCCUGGCACUGCCAUGAUUAUGGACCCCAGUGUAGUUUUUGGAGCAGGGAUGGAAGAAAGCUCUAUGGUGUUUUAAUCAAUGGGAUUGCAUGGACUUUGACACAAAUUCAUGGGGAGAGUUUGAAGACUACGAACCUGAAAAUGCAUAAUGUUUGGACUUUACUGCAUUUAGGACAGCUAGAAAGCUACACUAAACCCAUUGAGAUUGCAAGUUUCAAAAUGUGCUCGUGUUGUAUAUGUCUGUGCUUAAAUCAGUUCAUUCUUUGUUUCGGAGUCUGAGUGAAAACUUUACCCCAUACAUGGGGUGUUCAUUCGUCAACUUAAAGUGUGUGUGUGUUAUGUUACCCUUGCCCUGUACUAGCACUCAACAAAGAAGAAGACUUGCAAUCAGGAGUGUUUCGUUUAGGGAGGAAAAAGCAGAUUGUAAAAAAUAGAGGAAUUUUGUGACCCUUAGGAAAUCUGUAUAGACUUAGCCAAAAUGACUGAAAGGAACAGUUUGAGCGUCAAAAAUUUUUUCGUUUUAGAACCAUUUUUCCACAAUAGGCCAAAUAGUGUACAUUACAAUUAGCUUGGUUCCUGAUAUUAUGAAACAUACUGUGUACAUGCCUCAUAUCUAGAAGCCACGCAAUAAAGUAUGACUAAUGAGACUGAUUCUUUUGAUAAACUGAUCAGAACAUUAAUUCUCCAGAUAAAUGUAUUUAAAGCUAGACAUAUUGAUAUGCUGUAUACUUUUUAAAAAUUUUCUUCAAUGUUAAGUUUAAACUACAAGAGAGAGGUAAUCUGAUAAUAGAUAGUAUGUGAGGCUUGAGUCAGAAGACUUUGCUCAAGAGUCAGCUCCUCCAUUUGAAUUUUGUGACUUGGGGCAGUUCACAAAUUCUGUUUUUCAUCUGUGCAAUGGAUCUGAUAUCUGGCUGUAGUAUAUAUUACUUUCGAUUGCUAAAUUAAUAUAAGCUGUUGUUAAAUAAGAGAUUGAGUUCACUGGAUUUUAGGUACAUCUAUUUGAUUUUGGUUUGAUCUCCAUUUUAAAACUUAAAUUUACUUCCAAGUUAUUUUAAUGGUUUUGCUGUUUCUAAGACUCUUAUCUCUGUAACAUGCCUAGCAAUAUGAGGUACUAUAGGUGUGAUGAUUAUUUUUUACUUUUUAAUACUAUUUUUGUUAUUUUUAAUGUAAUUUUCAUAUUUCUCUUAUUACUUUAUUAUUAAAUCAUCAGAUAGGCUAUGGGUUCUGAGGGCAACAAGGACAGCAUCACUGGAUGAUGCAUUAGCUAGCUGCUUUAAAGAGGACAAAGCUCUUGUGGAGAUGGCAAGUCUGAUUAUGAUUCACCUUCUAGCUUAGAAAUUCUGCUUACCUGGGGAUUUUUUGGUCAGUUUCAUCGAGGUAUAAUUGACAUAAAAUUGUACACAUUAAAGUGUACAAUUUGGUGGGUUUUGAUGUGUAUAAACACCCAUGAAACUAUCACCCCCAAAAGUUUCCUGUGCUCUUUUGUAAUCUUUUCUGCCUAGCCCCUCCCCACCUACUCCUAUCCCUAGGCAACCACUGAUCUGCUUUCUGUCACUACAGAUCUGCUACCAUGGCAUCUGAUGACUUUGAUAUAGUGAUUGAGGCCAUGCUGGAGGCUCCCUAUAAAAAAGAAGAGGAUGAGCAGCCAAAGAAAGAGGAGGUUAAAAAGGAAGGCUCUGGCAAUACCACCGGCAGCACUGGCAACAGUGGCAGUGGGAGCAGCACCAGUGGGGAGGCAAGCAAGAAGAAGAGGAGUCGGAGCCAUAGUAAAAGCAGGGAUAGAAAACGCAGUCGGGACCGUGAUCGGCAUAGGCGGAGAAACAGUCGGAGCAGAAGUCGAGAUCGGCAGCGUCAUCACCGCAGCCAUAGCUGGGAUCGUCGCCACAGUACUGAGUCCCGAAGUUGGGACCGGCGUCGUGAGGAUCGUGUGCACUAUAGGAGUCCACCACUUGCCACUGGGCGUAGGUAUGGACACAGUAAGAGUCCUCAUUUCAGAGAGAAGAGCCCAGUCAGAGAGCCAGUUGAUAAUCUGAGUCCUGAAGAACGUGAUGCCCGAACAGUUUUCUGUAUGCAAUUAGCUGCCCGCAUUCGGCCUCGAGACCUAGAGGACUUUUUUUCUGCUGUUGGCAAGGUUCGUGAUGUACGUAUCAUCUCAGAUCGGAACUCACGUCGUUCCAAGGGUAUUGCUUAUGUGGAAUUCUGUGAAAUCCAGUCUGUGCCACUGGCCAUUGGGCUGACUGGGCAGCGGCUGCUGGGGGUGCCUAUCAUUGUACAGGCCUCACAGGCUGAGAAAAACCGACUGGCAGCCAUGGCCAACAACCUUCAGAAAGGCAGUGGUGGACCAAUGCGCCUCUAUGUGGGCUCCCUGCAUUUCAAUAUCACCGAAGACAUGCUCCGGGGCAUCUUUGAGCCCUUUGGCAAAAUUGAUAAUAUUGUCCUGAUGAAGGAUUCGGAUACAGGUCGUUCUAAAGGUUAUGGUUUCAUUACGUUCUCUGAGUCUGAGUGUGCCCGGCGGGCCCUGGAACAGUUGAAUGGCUUUGAGCUUGCUGGUCGACCUAUGAGGGUCGGCCAUGUGACAGAGCGACUGGAUGGUGGUACAGACAUUACUUUUCCUGAUGGAGAUCAGGAGCUGGAUCCGGGAUCAGCAGGUGGACGUUUGCAACUCAUGGCCAAGUUGGCAGAAGGCUCUGGAAUCCAGUUGCCAACCACAGCUGCCGCUGCUGCCUUGCAGCUGAAUGGAGCAGUACCCUUGGGGGCCCUGAACCCAGCAACUCUGACUGCUCUGAGUCCGGCCCUGAACCUCGCCUCUCAGGCAAUUGCCUCCCAUUGCUUCCAGCUUUCCAACCUCUUCUCCCCGCAGACCAUGUGAGUCUCAGGACCUAGCUCAUUUUAGUCUCAGUUAUUUUCUUUCUUUUGACUUCUAUUUACCUCUUCCCCAGGUGAAUCAAUGGCACAGUAUACUGCCUCCCUGUGCCUCUGGGUCCUGCCACUCCCUUCUCCACAUUUACCCUUCUGUGGUUCCUUUUCUCCAUUUUGUGGACCAAGCCAUCCUGAGGGCAUGGACAUUGACUAUGGGGAAAUUGGAGCCACCCUUAUGGGCCAAGAAGAGCUCCUGCCCAUGGCCCCACUGGGAAUAGCCUCUGCUGAACAACCGCUAGUCGAAGAGAACAGAAUUGUUGAACACCUAUUUCCCUGUGUGUGUUGUCUCCUGGGAGGAUCUUCAUUGGCCUUUCUAACAACAUCUUAGUGAUUCCUCGAUUCCUCCUCUGUUGGGAAGGCCAUAGGGCAUUGACUGAAGGAAUGAACUUCUUUUCGUUUGUCUGUACCCUACAAUUUUUUCAAGGAAAACCCUUAAGCCCUCUGGACAAAGAGGACUUUGGAGUUUGUGGGGUGAACCUUGAAGGUGCUGGCUUGCUGUUGCAAGGGCCCCCAGAAGAUAGUAUGGACUCGUAUAUGCAUUGUGAAGCCUGCCUUAGACCUCAGCUUAGGGCUGGAACUACUACUGUAGGCUCAGCAUCUUGCUGGGAACUGUGGGAAUGAUCUAUCCUGCCAGGUAUUUUGAAUGUCUUAAGGGGCAUUCAGUUUAGCGAAGGAUGGGGGUACUUUCCAGUAUCUUCCAUCUUUCUUUGUACAGUUAGUUGUCCUUCCUCCCAGGUCCUUCCUUUGGUCCAGGGUGGGAGGAUGGAGGGGAGGCUGCUACUCUCUACCUAUUCCCAUGUGCCUCUACUGUAGGCUCAACCCCAGCUGUUAAAGCUGCUCCUGUCCCCUGCCUGGGCACACGUGAGCCUUCUCACUGGAUUUUAUACCCUUGUGUCUGUACAUAAAUAUAUAUAUGUAUAUAUAUAUAAACUUUGUACAAAUGGCAAGCCCUGCUGUUGUGGCGGCUGCUUUCCAUAUAUGUGUGGUCUUAGUUAUGUCGGAUGUUAAUUUCUCAGCCAAAACCAUGAAUGGUUCUAGGGAUAUAAAACAUUUGUAAUACCA